GACGCAGAGCCAGGCUAACGAAUUCUGGCCGGAAGAUCUCGACACGGGUGGCAAGCUGCGAACAAAGCGUAGGCCGUGGGGGAAUCGCUACUAUGGCCCAAAUCUCGGUCUACUGGCACCAGCUGGAACCAACACGAGCGGCAGCCUAGUGAGUGGGAAGACAGCCUGGGAAUGCAGGAACUCGAUAUUAGCGGUAGGCAUGACAACAUGCCCAGGCGCAAUGUCAACCGCCGGUACGAUUUGCUGGAAGAGAAGGAUGAGCACGGAGUGGACGACGACGAGUGGGGAAUCCUCCUUCACGUUGGACCUGAGGAUCCAGACGACACCGGCGUCGUGGCACAGAACGUCCCCGGCCGCUCGCGCCGCGGUCACCGUGCUGCUCCUAAAGAAAGCCAGCCUGACCAUCGCGGACGAAGCCCACUGCCUAUCCAACCCGAAAACCGCUCAGUCAAAAUGCCUCGCCAAACUUGGGCCGAAGCAGCGUCGUAUCGCCCUGACCGGCACACCGAUAAGUAACAACUUCGACAAUUUCUACUCUAUUUUAUCGUCCCUAGAUACUUACUAGAUCCGGAGACGAUACGACAGCGCUUACCCUUUGAAGACGCCCUGAGCGCCCAUAGCGACCCGGCACAACGAGAGAUCGGAUGACAUUGUGCGUGUCAAGUUGGAAAAGACACAUACAAACAGGAGUGGGUUUGUUGUUGUCGGUAUGGUUGAGGAGUUGAUCGAGAGUAGCGAAAGAUGUCAGCAUGAAUCAGCUUGUCUAGGUCGUACAGUGAGACGUGUCGUCUGGCAACGAAUCAAAGCACAGUGUUUAACAAAAUACAGCAAAAGGCUUGAAAGGCAUUUAGUGACUAGGAUAGACUCUUCCGGUCGAAGAGGAUAGUGUCGAAAGAAAUGAAGGCGAGUAAGCCAGGUUCAUUUGACGACUCCAAGCCGCCAAACGAACGCGCAGA